GCUGCCUAAGCGGCUGGCUGCGGGCGAGGAGCGGACCAGGCGCGGAGCCGGCGGUGGUGUCUGGCGGUGCGAGCCCGCAGCCCUCCCCGCUCGGUGGCCGCGGCACCAUGGAGCCCGCCGUGUCGCUGGCGGUGUGCGCGCUGCUCUUCCUGCUCUGGGUGCGCUUGAAGGGGCUGGAGUUCGUGCUCAUCCACCAGCGCUGGGUGUUCGUAUGCCUCUUCCUCCUGCCGCUCUCGCUCAUCUUCGACAUCUACUACUACGUGCGCGCCUGGGUGGUGUUUAGGCUCAGCAGCGCGCCGCGCCUGCACGAGCAGAGAGUGCGGGACAUCCAGAAGCAGGUGCGGGAAUGGAAGGAGCAGGGCAGCAAGACUUUCAUGUGCACGGGACGCCCCGGCUGGCUCACGGUCUCGCUGAGGGUUGGGAAGUACAAGAAGACACACAAAAACAUUAUGAUCAACCUGAUGGACAUUCUGGAGGUGGAUACCAAGAAACAGAUAGUCCGUGUGGAGCCCUUGGUGACCAUGGGUCAGGUGACUGCCCUGCUGACCUCCAUUGGUUGGACCCUGCCCGUGUUGCCCGAGCUUGAUGACCUCACAGUAGGGGGCUUGAUCAUGGGCACAGGCAUAGAGUCGUCAUCUCACAAGUACGGCCUGUUCCAACACAUCUGCACUGCCUACGAGCUGGUCCUGGCCGACGGCAGCUUUGUGCGGUGCACACCGACUGAAAACUCAGACCUGUUCUAUGCUGUGCCUUGGUCCUGUGGGACUCUGGGCUUCCUGGUGGCUGCCGAGAUCCGCAUCAUCCCUGCCAAGAAGUACGUCAAGCUACGAUUUGAGCCAGUGCGGGGCCUGGAGGCCAUCUGUGACAAGUUCACCCACGAGUCCCAGCGGCUGGAGAACCACUUUGUGGAAGGGCUGCUCUACUCCCUGGACGAAGCCGUCAUCAUGACGGGCGUCAUGACAGAUGAGGCAGAGCCUAGCAAGCUGAAUAGCAUUGGCAAUUACUACAAGCCGUGGUUCUUCAAGCACGUGGAGAAUUACCUGAAGACCAACCAGGAGGGCCUGGAGUACAUCCCCUUGAGACACUACUACCACCGCCACACGCGCAGCAUCUUCUGGGAGCUCCAGGAUAUCAUCCCCUUUGGCAACAACCCCAUCUUCCGCUACCUCUUUGGGUGGAUGGUACCGCCCAAGAUCUCCCUCCUGAAGCUGACCCAGGGCGAGACCCUGCGCAAGCUGUACGAGCAGCACCAUGUGGUGCAGGACAUGCUGGUGCCCAUGAAGUGCCUGCCACGGGCCCUGAACACCUUCCACAAUGACAUCCACGUCUACCCGAUCUGGCUGUGUCCGUUCAUCCUGCCCAGCCAGCCGGGCCUGGUGCACCCCAAGGGAGACGAGACAGAGCUCUAUGUUGACAUUGGCGCAUAUGGGGAGCCACGCGUGAAGCACUUUGAAGCCAGGUCUUGCAUGAGGCAGUUGGAGAAGUUUGUCCGAAGUGUGCAUGGCUUCCAGAUGCUGUACGCUGACUGCUACAUGAACCGGGAGGAGUUCUGGGAGAUGUUUGACGGCUCCUUGUACCACGAGCUGCGGGAGAAGCUCGGUUGCCAGGAUGCCUUCCCUGAGGUGUACGACAAGAUCUGCAAGGCCGCCAGGCACUGAGCUGGAGCCACCUGGAAAGACAGACACGCAUGGGUGGACAGGCAUUGUCCCUUCAUUCCUGUUUGGCCACUUUCCCAGAUCCACGCUUCCCAAAAGACACCCCUCCAGAAAUCCCACCCACACAGCCCUUGCCUUCCUCCUGGCUCCAGGGCAGCCCAGUGGGGUGGAAACCCAUGUGACUUGGGGUCAGACACACCUGAGUCUGGUUCCCAGUUUAGCACUUGUUAGCUGUGGGGUGCUGGGGGAGGUCACUUGACCCCCUCUCAGCGCAGGCCUCUUCAUCUGUGAAAGGGGACAGUAGCACCUACCUGUGGGUUGUCACCAUCCAGGUCAAGCGCCUGUCACACCGACAUUGCUGGUCAGUGGUACCCAUCAGUCUUCCCGCUCAGCAUCACAUCUGACACAAGUGCUUUGCCGUCACCAGUUGGGUCUGAAAAGGCUCCAACCUUAGGUCACCUGUGCCCAGGCUUGGUGAAGUGAUGAAGGGGAUGCCAUGAGGUUGCCCCACCAUUGCCUCAGCCUGCUGCACGAGCUCCCCACAGUGGAGGGCUCCCCUCCACCCUGAGCAGCAGCCUGGGCACGCAGGCCCAAGAUAGUCUGCACCAAAGCCAGGCCCGAUUCCAAAGUUCUCUCUGCUGUCCUUGGUGACAUCCUGCCAGUCCUCUAUCCCCGGGGUUGCAGGCCCACCCCAGCCACAGUUGAGUUCCUGGAGGAAGCAUUUCAGGGUUGAAUCCUGCCCCCACUUAAGCCUGAGAUUCCUGGGAAGAGCGUGGUCUCCACUCUCUUAAUUGGAUCCAAGGGACCUAGGCUCAUUCUUGGCUUGCCAACCCUCCAAGCUUCUUAUCCCCAGAACCCACAUGGUUGUGGUGGGAGUGGGUCCAUGCUGCUCUGUGGGGUUGCUGGGAGUGGCCCACAUCAGGUGGGAAACUGAGUCCACUGUCAGUGCACUUCUCACUGCAGGGCUGAAAGGAGAGCGUAUCAGCUUGACUUUUUCCAACCAUUUAUCCCUCUUGUUUUCUUCCUGCCACUACCACCCUUGCCCCCCAACUGAAGUUAGUUUCAGUGCCUUACAAAUCCUAAGCUCAGAGAAAGCUGUUUCUGUUCCAGAGGGAAGGGAACCUCCCUAGGUCCUUCCCCCCUUGUUCUCAAAGCUUGAUUGUUUAUGCAACUUCAUCUGAAGAACUGCCUGGCCUCAGCUGGAAACCUGGAGUCUGAGGAGGAAUUGUGUCAUGUGAAGGGAAGCUGGAAUGACGAGGCUGAGCCAGGUGCAGCUGCAACAUGAGUCAGGAGACCUGGGUUCAGUCCCUGCUUCGUUGGCAGUGAGCUGUGCCCAGUGGGCAAGUCAUUUGUCCCUCUGAGCUGCGCUCUCCUCAUCUUUCCCAUCAGUGAACACAAGACCUCCCUGGGGCCCCUGUCCUAGGCACUGUGGUGGCAAAACCCAUGAAAAGCCACACUGCAUUGAAAGUCAGAGGAAAAACAGGAUCCAGGUAGAUAAGUCCGGGUGGUCCAUCAUUCAGGGUGCUUUGUUAGUCCGGAGGCCAGCUCUGCUCUCCCUUUCAGGAAGGCUCACCUCUGGCUUGCGGGCAAGCAUCCAUCUUAUCACUGUAGGUACCAGACUUCUCCCAGGGCUUGGCACACUGCAGUGCCUUGGCCUGGUCCUGUGAGGGCUGGGCACAUCUGUGGCACUCAGGAGACGAAGGAUCCACCCUUACCCACAGGGCCACUGGAGGGGGACAGAAGGAAUAAAGCGGACUUCAUUCUCUAGUUUGCAAAGCACGUGAAUUCCAGCAUGAGCCUUCACAGCAGGCCCAUGUGCUCCCUGCUCAGUGUGAAACUGAUGAUUCUACUUUCUGUAGAUGAAUGGUUAUAACAUGAGCUAGGUUAGUCAGACACUGCAGUGCCAUCAUUUUGACAGUGAUACCUUUGUUCCUAAGCCACUGGGACUGUGGCCAGAGAUGUCAGCAUCUUCUGUUGCCCUUAAUCCAAAAACCAAAAUCCAGACUUUCCCAGAUUUCCUUCACCCACCACCUGGGGCUUGGAAGGGAAAGUAUUUGGGGGGUCACACCAGCCUCAGGUUACUGAUGGUCCAGUGAUGUUUUGCCUGGCCACGAAGCUGUCUUUCUGGCAUGAUGAGCUGAGUUAGGAAUUUUUCUUGUAGUUGGUCCCCUUGCUGUCCAUCCACAUGGUGAUCUGGGGUGGAGUUAAACUUGGUGCCAGAGGGCAGUGCAUGUGGAAAGUACCAGAGUCGGCCUUUCCCCUCCAGAGCCGAGUUUCUGGGCUACAUGAAGGUUUUCUGUGAAAUCAGAAUUGUAGCCAGUUUCUUUGGCCUCGAGGAUGGAUAAUCAGAUACAUUAAAAGGUGAGGGAGGAGUGGGGAUGGGUGUAGCGUGUGAUUUUCAUUUUCUUAUUUGGUCAUGGAGACCAAGGAGAAAGGCAUGAAUCUCCCCAUCAGGCUCUUGCAGCCACAGGCACUGUGUCUACUCUGCCCCUAGAGCGCAUGUCCCAGUGGCUGUGGAACUGCUGCUUCUGUAAAAAUAAAAAAGUAUGGCUUGGAAGCUAA